GCUCAUGCAAAGGGAGCCCGGUUCUGUUUUUUCAUUGUUAACGCCGUUCACGAAUUUUCCGGUCCUAGAUCCUUCCUUUCUUGCAUCACAACCUCACACAUGCAAAGCGAAGUGCUAUAGCAGCGGCAAUUUGAGUUUUGUCCACUAGUAUUCCAGUAUACUCUCUCACUACGAACGCGAAGAGAUACAGCUGUGCUCACGGAACAACUACCAGAAAACACGAAAGAACAAAGUAGACUCUUUCUACAAAAAGUAUGGCGACCAGCCACGCUACCGCGGCUGCAACCAAGCACACGCUGGUUCGGGCGUCUGCUCUGCCCGCGGCAGCCGGCCCGCUUCACUCGUCGGUUUGGCAAGUAAAAGUUCAGAGCAGCUUCGUCCUCACCAACCUCAUCACGCCCUGGCCCGUGGUGGAAGAUCCGUCGUGCUAUCGUCCAAGGGCGGAACAGCACGAGGCCGUCGUCCUCUACUUGCACGGCUUUCCGGCGCAAAGCUGCGACCACCGGCGACAAACACAGUUCUACGGAAGUGUUUCCGAGCGGUUCGCGAAGAAGGUCCAAGAAUUCGUCACGGCGGGAAUAGCUCCUGCUACUGCAGCGUCCGGGGCUGUGAACAGCAACAAAAGCGGUUCUUCCGCACGGGAAGAAAUUUCGAGCAGCACUAGUCCCGGUUCCGCACCACACCAAGUACGAAGUUUUUGCGCCUGCAAUUUUCGCGGUACCCCGGGUUCCGGAGAAUAUGAGAAUGCACACGAACUACCCGCUUGAUUCCACCAUCCGGGUUGUCAUGCAAAAUGCAAAAGAGCAUCAGCGUCCUUCCACUUUACUGCAUUUGCUGAGCACUGCUACGUCUAAUAUCACGCGGAAGCGGAACUUGCCAGCACAAUUGUGUCUCUACUUGUUUUUAUCGCUGCGGAGAUGCCUUUAUUUUGUAAAUCAAAUGAGGAAAAAGAGCAAGCACGGACAAGCAGGUUGUAGUGCGCUCGCAUACAGACAGUUUUCGAAGCAAAACGGUUCGUAAGGAGGUGGAGGACGUCGUUGCGGUGAUUCAGUUUCUAACCGAAACUCUCCCCCACUUCUCCGGCGUGCACGUCGUUGGAAUCUCCACCGGCGCCAUCAUUGCUUCGUUGCUCCGCGGUCCGCUGGGCGAAGCGGUGCGGGAGAAGAUUCUCACCCUGACCGCCAUCGCCGGCUGCGGGUGCAGUGGCAUGGACACGGCGCUGCGGUACGAUUUCGACGAGGCGCAACUCUUAAGUUUCGAGGAAAACGGGUACUGUCUGAAGGACUACUGGCUCCCGCUGCGGGAUGAAAGUAACCCGGGGGAGGCGGUUUUGGUGGCAGAGGAAAUGCAAGUUGUAGAACAAACAACAGAGCAGGCCGACGAGAAGAGCCGGCAAGCGGCACAGAACGCCCUGGACAACCCGAAGUAUUACAAACACCAGCUGAAACUCGAUAAGAGUUACAUGGACGACUUCUUGUCUUUGGAUGUCAAAGCCAGCGUUUCAUCGCCUGCUGGUAGUAGUUGCGCCGUGGUCGCGCAAGGAGUAGAUACUGCACUAUUUCCGGGGCGGGACGAUGAUGCUGAAAAAGAUCCAGAGCAGCACUUUACCCCCGCGGCCACUCCGCUGUUAAUAAUCCACGGAAAAGAGGACCGCGCGGUGCCGUUUUCCGAGGGCGAGCUCUUGUUCCAGACGGCUUGCGAGCCCAAGCGCUUUUGCGGCAUCAACAAGGGCAAUCAUCUUUUGACGAACAGCAAAGACAUGAAAAAAGCGCUGAAUGAAAUUGCGGACUUUAUCAAAACGUAUAAUUCUCGUAGUAUGCAUUCGAAGCCAUUGUUUUCAAAUAUUCGCAACGUCAUCGGAACCGAUGAGGCUGCGAAAGCGAAAGGAGCGUAGGAAGGUUACAGAAAAGUUGCGGGUCCAUUUUUUUCGGGAGUGCUUCUGUUCGUGAAUAAUUCUUGCGGGUUCUCCAAUAUGUAGGC